CAUUAAUCAGCAUAAUUUUUCCACAUUUAAAAGCUCCACCAGCUCCCAUCAUCCUCUCUAAGUUUGGAUGAGCAUCUUAUUGGAUAACAGGGGUGUCAGGUGAUGCAUCAGCAGCCACUAUACUCUCUCUAUUCUCUCCAUGAUUUUCCUCUCAUUGUGGAAUAGAAAUCACUGGUCUUUUCAACCCGGAUGCUGCUUGUGCCAACACUUUGCCCAUGUAGUGCGCAGGGGGGGCGUAAACAUUUCAGUACCCUUGAAGCGGACAGCUCUCCAACCACCGGAUCCAACACGCCGGCGCUCCUCCUGCAUCAGCAUCACAGCCUGGAUGGAUGGCUGGCACUGCGGGGACAUAACUCAUCAUAUAGGAGGAAGAAGGUGUAGCUGCUCUUGCAAGAUCGUGACCAGGGGGUACUGAAGCCGUAGUGGAAAGGGUGAGAAAGAGGGAGGAGGAGAGAGAGAGAGAGAGAGAGAGAGAUGGCGGAGUGCGGGCGGAAGGCGCUGUCUCUCCUGGAAGCGGCCCGCUCCCGGUACGAGAGCCUGCAGAUAUCCGACGACGUGUUCGGCGAGUCCGGAGACGACAGCAGCGAUAACCCCUUCUACAGCACCUCCGGAGACUCAGACUCAGACAACUACAUAGCCGAGGUGGAUGAGCAGCAGCAGCAGCAGCAGCAGCAUCUCCACCAGAAGAGAGGCGAUAAGGAGGGCAGCGGGCACCGUGCGGGAUCAGGAGGAGGUGGCGGAGGCUUUGGCGGAACCGGUCCACCUGGCUCUCUGUCCCGGAGCCAGGCAGAGGAGGAGGGCUGGACGGAGACGCUGCAGGAUGUCACGGUGCCACCGUUCAAAGAGACAUAUGGCCCUGCUCAGAAGAUGCCGGCCACCUCCACAGCCUUGGACUUCUUCCAGCUCUUCGUCCCGGACAAUUGCAUCCAAAACAUGGUCACCCAGACCAACAUGUACGCCAAGAAGUUCCAGGAGCGCUUUGGCUCAGACGAAGGCUGGCGUCCCGUCACGACCCAGGAGAUGAAGGCCUUCCUGGGUUUUGUCACCUCCACCAGUGUGCACCGCUGUGAGUCGGUGCUCAGCAUCUGGAGCUCGGGCUUCUUCAGCAACCGGAGCAUCGCCUUAAAGAUGAGCCAGGCGCGCUUCGAGAAGAUCCUCAAGUACUUCCACAUCGUGGCGUUCCGGCCAUCACAGGGAAGCAACCAGGGCCUGUACAAGAUCCAGCCCUUCCUGGACUCGCUGCAGCAGUCGUUCAGCUGCACCUUCAGACCUUCACAGACACAGGUUCUUCAUGAGCCAUUGAUAGACGAGGAUCCGGUGUUCAUCACCACCUGUACGGAAAGAGAGCUGAGGAAGAGGAAGAAGAGGAAGUUCAGCCUCUGGGUUCGACAGUGCACCUCCACCGGAUUCAUCUGUCAGAUCUCAGUCCAUCUGAAGGAAGGUACAGACAGUCUGGCCACCUUGAAGAACAAGCCUCAGCUCCACAGCCUUGUGGCCAAACAGCUCUGCCAGAACAUCUCCGGCAAGAACACCAUCAUCUUCACCGGGCCGUCCAUCACGAGCCUCAGCCUCUUCACCGAAUUCAGCAAACAAGAUAUCUACUGUUGUGGUCUGUUGAGCACCAGGAAGAGCGACUGUACAGGAUUACCGCAAAAUAUGCUGGUCUGCAGCUCCACGCCAGCGCAGCGCGGCCAAUCACGAGUGAUGAUGAAAGGCACCAUGUCACUGAUCAGCUGGUACAACAAGGGACACUUCCGGUUCCUCACCAACGGUUACUCCCCAACAAAACAAGGUAUCAUCAUUAAGAGGAAAAGUGGCGAGAUCCCAUGUCCCCUGGCUGUUGAGGCCUUUGCGGCGCACCUCAGCUACAUCUGCAAAUAUGACGACAAGUACAGCAAGUACUUUAUCUUCCAUAAACCCAACAAGACCUGGCAGCAGGUGUUCUGGUUGAGCAUCAGCAUCGCCAUCAACAACGCGUACAUCCUCUACAAGAUGUCUGACGCCUACACGGUCAAACGCUACAGCCGAGCGCAGUUUGGAGAGAGACUGGUCAAAGAGCUGCUGGAUUUAGACGACUGCUCCCCCACACAGUGAGGAGGAGGAGGACAGCAGGAGUGCACAAGAAAAACACACACAAACACAAACACAAUCCCCCCACGUACAUUUACACUUCAUUACAGACUCCGCAGUCUGUGUCUAUGUGAUAGUACUGAAGCAUUGCCAAGUCUCUCUUCCUCUAGUUGUUGUCUGUGGUACUGUAAAUAUUCGUUAACACACGACUGCACUCUUCACAAUAGAGAAUCAUGAGCCAUGGGACGCUUCACAUGCCUCAACUGCAACUUUUAACCACACAGAUUUACUAAGGAUUUGUCAGCAGGAGCUAUUUCACAAGCAGAGAUGCAGGCGGGAAUAAUGAAACCGGGACGAAUUCGCCCUUAAAUGAUGUCACCUUCAAGUCUUAUCAAAGCGUGAAGUUAUCGAUAUGAGCCUGAAUCUCCCGUGUGAGUGUUAAAACAUGUACUCGUCAGGCUAAAAGGUUACACGUAGCUCGAUAUUUACACUCUGCAAAGCCACCUGUGAUCCUGUAACAAAAGCUUAGUAAACCAGGACAAUGGUGUGUUCACACGCUGCAUGCAUAAAGAAUCUGGAUUGUGA